GCAUUGCGACAUGCUCUAGGUACCUACCGCGAGACUGCUCGCCUCGUGCACCACGCCGUUCGCAUCUCCCCAAUGCAGAUUCACGAUGACGCCUUUAGCUUCCGCCUCAGUAUAUAUACCCUCCAUCCUCUGUUCAGACGACUACUCCCCAGAACAAUACUUCGCACAACAUGUCCUCCGUCCCAUUCAUCACCCGCGUCGUCGCUCACAGCGCUAAGGACAUCCUCACUCGCGACCGGGCGCGCGCGCAGAAGAUCCUCCAGGGCAUCAACCCUCACGGCCCGAGCGCCUUCCACGAGGCCCGUCGCAGGCGUCACGGCCACCACCACCACCAUCACCACCCUGCCGGUGGUGCUGCUGCCUCUGACCCCUCUGGCGGCGGGUCUACGGGCACUGGAGGUACCUCUGGCGGCGCGCCUGGCACUUCUACCCCCGGUGGAGGUGUCGACGUGACGGAUGCCGGUGUCACGUACACUGCGUCCGUCGGUGUCGGCAGCCCGCCCACUCAGUACACCCUCCUCAUCGACACCGGCAGCUCGAACACUUGGGUCGGCGCUGACCAGCAGUACGUCAAGACCAGUACUAGCAAGAGCACGGAAAAGUCGGUCAGCGUCAGCUACGGCUCUGGUUCGUUCUCCGGCACCGAGUUCACCGACCAGGUGACGCUCUCGGAUUCGCUCGUCAUUGAGAACCAGAGCAUCGGCGUUGCCUCGACUGCACAGGGUUUCCAGGGCGUCGACGGUAUCCUCGGUAUCGGCCCGGUUGACCUCACCCAGGGCACCGUCUCCGGAACGGACUCCGUCCCCACCGUCACGGACAACCUCUUCGCUCAAGGCGCCAUCGCUAACGACUCGAUUGGUAUCUUCUACCAGCCCACGACCGAGAGUGGGGACCAGAACGGCGAGCUCACCUUUGGCGGCAUCGAUGAGAGCAAGAUCACGGGUGAUGUCAACUUCGUCCCGAUCACCUCCACCUCGCCCGCCUCGAACUACUGGGGUAUUGACCAGGACGUGACCUACGGAAGCUCGUCCACGCUCCUCUCCGGCUCCGCCGGCAUUGUUGACACCGGCACCACCCUCCUCCUGCUCGCUACGGACGCGUUCCAGGCCUACCAGCAGGCGACUGGCGCGAAGCUCGACAACUCGACAGGACUCCUGACGCUUACCGAGUCGCAGUUCGACAACCUGCAGAGCCUCUUCUUCAACGUCGGCGGCACCACGUACGAGUUCACGGCCAACGCCCAGAUCUGGCCGCGCUCGCUCAACUCGACCAUCGGUGGUGAGGAGGGCAAGAUCUACCUCGUUGUCGCGGAUCUGGGCAGCCAGAGCGGCCAGGGCCUUGACUUCAUCAACGGGUUCGCCUUCCUCCAGCGCUUCUACAGCGUAUUCGACACUGGUAACAGCCAGGUCGGAUUGGCGACGACUCAAUUCACGACGGCCGAGACCAACUAGGCCGUGUAGCUCGACACAGAAAUAACAACUGACGACCACACGAACGGACUCACGAUUCAUGGACUAGGCUUGGAAUACCGUCGCUGAUAUACGUUGUAUCACUUUGAUAUAUCAAUUGGACUUGAGUGUAGAGUAACU